CGCCCGCUGAAAAGGAAAGAAAGAAAAGCAAAGAAAGGAAAGAGAAAAGGAAAGAAAAGAAAGGAAAGAAAAGGAAAGAAAAGGAAAGAAAGGAAAGGAAAGAAAAGGAAAGAAAGGAAAGAGAUAAAAGGAAAGAAAGAAAAGUGCCAGUCCUCCAUCUGGGAUUGAGGAGGAAGCUGCUGAAAAUGGUGUUCCUAAACCAGUAACAUAAGGCUUUGGAAUUCAGUCGCUUCCGUAUUUAAAAUCUGUAGAUUUCUAGCUAAGAAGAAAGUCUACAUUCAGCUAGACUUUGGAGUAUCCUGCACAAUCUCGCUGUCAGAAAGCGACUGAAACUGGAUAUGAUCGUGACAGUGAUGAUGAUGAGGAUGAUGUUCAUGUCACUAUCGGAGACAUUAAAACGGGAGCACUACAGUAUGGGAGCAGUGGGACCUCAUGGAGACAACUUGGUAGAAAAGAUUCUAUCAGUGCUCCCGCAGUUUCCCGGCCACACGAGUGAUGGGAUGGUCAGCAUGGCCGGCCUUACGGCCCUCCAGGCUGAAGACGAGAAUCAGAACGUGGUCGCACCAGGCUGUCUGGCACAAUCCCAGUGCCAGAUCACUGAAUUUUGACCAUUUGGGACACUCCUGGAUCCAAGGAACUGUGAACUCAGAGCAGCACACACACUUGUCCCAUGCGUGGUAGGUGCACAUUCCCUCCACAUUCUCUUGACCGGACAGCAGAGAUUUGGUUAUUUCACAGCUGUGGAUACGGACCCCAAGGAGAACCCAUCAACUCUGUGCCACUUUUUUGAGUCUUAUUCCUUUGAGCCUCCUGAAGGUGCCUCCCAGAUCCCCCUCCUUGAGACUGGACUCCUCAGAGAUGCCAGGAAGUCCUGAGGUGCCAGGACUGGUUUUCUCCUUCUGCAGCUGUGUGUACUGGGAGGAGCUCUCCAGAGGCUCCUCUAAUGAUGUGUGUCUUCACUUCCCUUUCUCGCCGACUGGAGACACCUGCCCUGUCCCUCUCUGGACUUGUGUGGUGCUGGGGAUCAAACCCAGCCAGCGCGUGAGUCACUGGCGACAGGAGAGACAGU